GUCCGUGCACAGCAAAGCGCGCCAAGCUAGGGUAGCGCGCUUACUACGCAGUGAUGUUUGUAACGUUAAUGUAAAAACUGAUGUAUGUGUAAACAUGGUGAAAGAAGAGGACGCUAUACGAAAGUUUGUUGUGCGAGAGCUCACCCAUUGCUCGGACCUAAGUUCAUUGACUUUAGGUGUUCUACGAAAGCGAUACCUCGAGCAAGUUGGGAGAGAGUCACUCAGCAUCAAGGAUAGACAAUUGAUGAAGACAAUUGUUGAGGAGGAACUCUUGAAAAUGCAGGACAGCAGCGAUGACGAACCUCUUGUUAAACUUGUGGAGAGAAAAAGAAAAAGGGUGAGUGAUGAUGGCGAUGAUGGGGACGAAGGCUUAAAGAAAGAAAUGAUGGAAAGGACAAAGAGAUCACGGCAUGAGGAGUCUUCUCCAGAUUCCCCUGACUCUGGAAUAGUAAAGGCUAUAAAUGAUGAAGACCAGAAAGAUGAAGAAGCUGGAAGUGACAAAAACACAGAUGAAGACAGCGAGGAGGAAAAGGAGAAUGCUGGGAAAAAAGUCAAGCAGCAAAAACAGAACAUGAAAGGCGGCGAGAAAACCAAAGGGCGAGAAGUGCGGUCAAAGAAAGAUGACAGUAAGAUAAAAAAGACUCAAAAGAAACGAGGGAAAAUGCUAGAAAGUGAGGAGGAGGAAGAACUGAAGGAUUCGGAUAAAGAUGAAAAAAAACUAAAAAUAAAGGUGGAAGGAGAAAAAUUAAAAAAGAAUGAUUCAGCUGGUAAGGAAAAAGCUUGUAGCAGACUUAUCAAAAAUAACAACAUUAAGUCUGAAAGUGAUAAUUCUGAAGAUGAAAGAAGAGUGAACAAAGAGAAAAGAAAACGCAUCAGAAAGAAGUCAGUUGAGACAGAUGCUGUAAGGGAAGUGGAAAGACAAGUUUUUGGGAGCAGCUCUGACAGCGAGGAGGACGAAAGAAAUGAGACAACUAAAACCAAGAAGAGCAGCGACUCUGGGAGUGAAAGAACUGGAGACAGUGAAGGAGAAGAUGCUGCUAAUUCAUCUCUCAGAGAGAAGGAGGACAAUGAAAAGACAAAGAAAGUAGAGGUAACGCAGGAGGAGGUAGAGGAAGACUCUGACUCUUCCUCUCUUCCCUCACUGGAGGAUGAGGAAGAACAGCAGAAGGACAAGAAGGAGGAAAGACAGAAGAGUGUGAAGAAGAAGAAACGCAGUGAGGAGAAAGAGGGCACAGCGAGAGGAAAGGACGAGGAGAAUAAGUCAGUGUCCCGGCUGAAGCGAUACAUCGCCCUCUGUGGUGUGAGACGAAACUACAAGAAGCUUUUAGGCAACUGUCUAUCGAUAAAGGCCAAAGUGGCUGUGCUGAAGAAAGAGCUGGAAGAGCUGGGUGUGGAAGGACAGCCAACUAUAAACAAAUGUAAGAAAGCUCGACUGAAGAGAGAAGAAGCACAAGAAGUGGCAGAGUUAGACGUCAGCAACAUCAUCACCACUCAGGGACGUCCCAAAAGAAGAGCAGCAUCAGCGGUGUGGCCCACAUCUUCGAAUGUUUCUCCCCCCUCUCCUGUCUAUAAGCGUAUUGUGGACUCUGGCUCAGAUAGUGAGGACAACCACACAAACAGGGGGCGCAAGAAAGCAACAGCCUGGAGCAACCUGCAGGGAAUCAUCAGUGAUGAUGGAGAGAGUGAUUAAGUGCCUUUUAACUAAAGUUUGUGUGUACAGCAUUAUACAAUCAUUAAGUUCCCCGGCUUCCCAGUUCAUAACAAACUGUACAGAAAUAUUCAUUGACUCUGAUGACCUGUAAGACUGAAGCGUGCGUCCUCUCUUAUUGUAGGGUGUGUUUGGAUUUCAUUCCACUGAGUUAUUGUGUUUUCUAAUUGUUCAUUUGUACUUUAAAAAUUCAAGAUGUCCCAAAUGUGCAGAAAGAGUGUUUAAUACGAAAUAAAGUAUACUUUUUACAUUGUC